CAGCACUUGAUAAGCAGCUUAGGACAAAACUGCAAGAAAGUUUUAUGUGGGAUUUUUUCAUCCACCCAAAAUUUUUGAACACUUACUAAACUUAGGAGCACCAUUGUCCUUUUAUUUUCUUGUAAGAGAAAUGGAAGCCUUUUCUAAUUUCAACACACCUUUCGAGCUCUUUUGAACUAGCUUUUGUUGAAUACCCAGUUUUUGUUUCAGCUCGUUUUCUUCAUUUUGGUGAUUGUUUUAUGGGGAUUUGACAAGAAAGGUCGAGUCUUUAUUUCUGGGUUUUUGUCACAAAGAGUGAAACUUGACAUUUUUGCUCUCUUUUUUUUUCUGUUGGGUGCUGGUAUUAAGAAUGAUGUCAAUGACAUGCCAUAAUAUUGAUUUUGGAACAAGGGUGCUUGAUUUGGUUGCUGUUGGAUCGUCUUCUAAUGCUUCAAUUGAAAGGCACUCGGUGAAGAGUCACGGGAAAACAUUUACUAGUAAAUUCUAUGGAGCUAGAAGAAUGAUUUGUAGCAGGCAGGACAUUAGUAGAACUCGUGUGUUCUCCACAAAUACUUCUGAGGCUCUGCUUGAUGGAGUUGGUGAACGAACUGCACCAGUGUUGGAUUCGAAGAAAGAGGCUAAAAUGCCCAUUUCACUGGCUAACUUGUUUGAAGUGGUUGCUGAUGACCUCCAGACUCUAAAUCAAAAUCUCCAUUCAAUUGUUGGUGCAGAGAACCCUGUUCUAAUGUCUGCAGCCGAGCAGAUCUUUGGUGCUGGUGGUAAGAGAAUGAGACCUGCCCUGGUGUUCUUAGUUUCAAGAGCUACAGCUGAGUUAGCCGGAUUGAAGGGCCUUACAACAGAGCAUCGACGUUUGGCUGAGAUCAUUGAGAUGAUUCAUACUGCAAGCUUGAUACAUGAUGAUGUAUUAGAUGAAAGUGAUAUGCGAAGAGGAAAAGAGACUGUUCACCAACAGUAUGGCACGAGAGUAGCUAUACUGGCUGGGGACUUCAUGUUUGCUCAGUCGUCAUGGUACCUUGCAAAUCUUGAGAACAUUGAAGUCAUCAAGCUUAUCAGCCAGGUUAUUAAGGAUUUUGCAAGUGGAGAGAUUAAGCAGGCAUCAAGUUUGUUCGACUGUGAUGUCGAACUCGAGGAGUAUUUGCUAAAGAGUUACUACAAAACAGCUUCACUGAUUGCAGCUAGUACCAAAGGAGCCGCUAUUUUCAGUGGGGCAGAUCGUGGUGUCACUGAGCAAAUGUAUGAGUUUGGAAAGAAUCUUGGCCUAUCAUUCCAAGUUGUUGAUGACAUAUUGGAUUUUACACAAUCAGCAGAGCAGCUGGGGAAGCCAGCUGGUAGUGAUCUAGCAAAAGGCAACCUCACAGCACCCGUAAUUUUCGCGCUUGAAAAAGAGCCAAAACUUAGAGAAAUCAUCGAAUCUGAGUUCUGUGAGACCGGUUCCCUCGACAAAGCAAUUGAACUGGUAAAGCAGUGUGGGGGAAUCGAAAGGGCACAAGAGCUAGCAAAAGAGAAAGCCGACCUCGCAAUCAAGAAUCUCCAAUGUCUUCCUAAAAGCAAUUUUCGGUUCGCUCUUCAAGAUAUGGUGGUGUUUAAUCUUGAAAGGAUCGAUUAGUUUAGAUAAUCCAAAACAAACAGCCUCAGACAUGACAGAAAACAAGGCAUGAAGUUGAAGCCUGUACCCAUAUAGAACAACUUUUCUUAGGACUCUCACUGGUUGUAUAUUCAUACAAGGCUUUGAGCUUUGACUUGAGCUCCAAGUAUCAGUUUCUUCAAAUUAUACAUUUGUCUGAGAAACAGAAAAAAUAAUUCUGUUGAAUCGAAUUAUUGAACAAUGAAGUAUUUGAGGUCAUCAAUAUUAAGCU